AUGGGGAGAAAGCCAAGCAUAGGUCGCCAAAGGAUUGAAAUUGCGCGAAUACCCAACAAAAAUCAUCUACAAGUAACUUUCUCUAAGCGUCGGUCAGGGUUGUUCAAGAAAGCCAGCGAGCUAUGCACCCUCUGCGGUGUAGAGGUUGCAAUAGUAGUAUUCUCUCCAGCUGACAAGGUCUUCUCCUUUGGCCAUCCAGAAGUGGAAGCCCUUACAAAUCGAUUUCUCACUCGAAAUCCUCCUCGUGACCUUGCUCCACCUAGCGGUGCACUCCAUCUCAUUGAGGCACACCGCAACGCCACUGUCCAUGAGCUCAACUUGCAAUUAACACAAGUGCUUAACCAACUUGACACUGAGAAGAAGCGUGGAGAAGCACUCGAGGGAAUGAGAAAAACCAGCAAAAGUAGUUGUUGGUGGGAAGCACCUAUUGGAGAGUUGGGGUUGCAUGAGCUUGAACAGUUAAGGGUUCACAUGGAGGAGCUUAAGAAGAAUGUGGUUAGGGAAGCUAACGGGGUGCAAUUCACUGAUAUAAGGGGUGCUCCAUCUCCAUUUUUCAUGACAAAUGGAAUGAGAAUGCUGGAAUAUCCCUCUUUUGAAAGCAAACCUAUUGAGUUUAAUGCCACAACAACAACUUCUGCCAUCUCUCAUGUGCAUAAUUUUGGCUAUGGACAUGAGUUUUUCUAA